AUGUCUUUGCCCCUCCCUGGGGAGACAGACUGGUCUGCAUUCACCUUAUUGGAUCACCACAGGAUUUCCCUGCUGCGUUCCAUCAAGGAGGCAGCCAGAGAAGAGACCAGAAUUGUGGAAACUGGUCCCUCCAAUAACAUUUGCCAAAUCACUAGUUCUGAGAUCCUUGGAGCAAUAGAAAAUGUUGUUCAAGAUAUAGUUACAAGUCUAGCCAGAAACAAAGCACCUGUUCUCACCUUGGUUAACAGAUCAGAUUGGGGAAAUAUACAGUUUAAAGAUUCUGUAGGUCUACAGAUGAUCUCUCAUUAUACCACAAGACAAAUAAAAAGUGACUGUCCCAAAUCAGCACCAAAAUUUGCUCUAAUUCUUAAAAUAUUAUCUGUGAUCUACAAGAUGGUGCAAAACAAUACGUAUGCAACCAAAAGAGAGAUAUAUUACAGUGAUACACUACUAUUUGGUAGCCAGAGUGUUGUGGACAAUAUAGUCAAUGACAUUUCCUGCAUGCUUAAGAUACCUAGGAGAAGUCUACGUAUACUAUCUACAACUAAAGGUUGCAUUGCUGGUAACUUAAGUUAUACUGAGGAAGAUGGUACGAAAGUGAAUUGUACAUGCAGUGCAACAGCAGUCGUGCCAUCUAAUGUUCAAGGAAUUAGAAAUGUGAUCACAGAUGCAAAAUUUAUACUAAUUGUAGAAAAAGAUGCAACUUUUCAGAGGCUCCUGGAUGAUGACUUCUGCAAUAAAUUGUCUCCAUGCAUAAUGAUUACGGGAAAAGGAGUACCAGAUCUGAACACAAGACUUCUAGUCAGAAAGUUGUGGGAUACAUGUCAUAUUCCUAUUUUCACCCUCAUGGAUGCAGAUCCACAUGGUAUAGAAAUAAUGUGCAUCUACAAGUAUGGAUCUGUGUCAAUGUCUUUUGAAGCCCAUCAUCUCACAGUUCCAGCGAUAAGAUGGCUUGGUCUCCUUCCAUCUGAUAUUGAAAGAUUAAAUAUACGCAAAGAUGCAUUGAUUCCACUUACUAAACAAGAUCAAAAUAAACUUGCCAGUAUGCAGAAGAGACCUUAUGUGGCUUGCCAACCAAUGUGGAAAAAAGAAAUGGAAAUUAUGGCAGCAUCUAAAAUGAAGGCUGAAAUUCAAGCUUUGACUUCUCUUUCAUCAGAUUACCUUUCCCGGGUGUAUCUACCAAGCAAAUUGCAAUUUGGUGGAUGGAUCUGA